AAACGUCGUGAGGUGCGCCCCCAUGUCUUAUGGGCAUUUCGUGCACCUCACGUCCAGGACCCCGCCUUUUUAAUCUCUAGGGAGCCCGGUUGAAUCUGUUCUGCCAUCUCGAGCGCCGAAAUUUCCACUUUCACUCUUGGAUCAACAAACAUCGGCGUAUUUCCAAGACUGUCAAGAUGCAGUCCAAAAUCUCAGUUGCUCUUCUCGCCGCAGGCCUCGCCGUUGCUGCCGACAGCAAGACGCAGGGCCACGGGGUUGGUGCUCUGGGAACCGAGAUGGGCCCGGUCGCCUUCCUCUGGCCCGCUGACCGCCCCUGGUCGGCCGACGCCGACAACACUGCCCCCUGUGGUAGUGUGCAUGGUGUCACCAACCGGACCCCCUUUCCCCUUACUGCGGGCGCCGUAUCGCUGUCCGUCGCAACACAGGCCUACGAUGUUGACUUCUCGCUGUCCUUCUCUAAUGACCCCAAAUCCAACAGCGACUUCACCCAGCAGGCCGUCUCACACACCAUUGGUAGGGUCGAGGCCGGCCACCAGUGCUACAGGCUCGCGGCGGUUCCCUCAACGGUAAAGGCUGGCGACAACGCCACUAUCCAGCUAGAGUAUCGCUCCAAGUUCAAGACGGAGAACGACGGGAGGGACCAAACGUUCUACGCAUGUGCCGACAUCCAAUUCGUGGAUACCACCGCCUUCAAGUCCAACAUCCCCUGCUUCAACGUCACAUCGGAGGAGUUCGUCCCUCCCCAAGGCAGCUCACCCAACCCUUCUACGACCGAAAACGCCUCCGCCGGCGGCCUUUCCACGGGCGCCAUCGCGGGCAUCGCCGUAGGAACCAUCGUGGGCUCGCUCGCAGUCGUCGGUCUCGUCGCCUUCCUUGUAUUUAAGAAGCGCCGCGGCAGCAACAACGCCCCCGCCAACGUCGAGGCCGGCAUGAAGGUCAACCCCGAGGUGGCCUCGGUCAACUCCAUCUCCCGCCGCUGAGCCUGGUCGCUGAGCCUGGGCCGUUGCUUUCCCCGUUAUCGGCGUGGAGUGAUUUGGCUGACUGGGUUGGUCGGAAGGAACUGCCUUUUUAUGGCGUCGCUUGAUGAACAAGCUUGUAUUUGGUUACAGGCUGGAAGCAGACGGAAUGGAAAGCUCGUGACAUGAAACGUGUCGACUCGAAGGAGUGAUAGGUCCGUUGUGCAAGAAGUGAUACACGUCCAUCCCAUAAAUGGAAAUGUCGAAAGCUCAACAAGGGAUUGGAGGUAGCUGCCCGCUUGUACAGGGAGUUUUUGAGGCCAGCCACGACGUGGUGGGUCAGCGUACGCUGUACCGUUGACCAAGGUCAUUGGCGAUAUUGCUUCAUACAAGCCGUGUAGCCCCAGGGUCUGUCUCGUCGCUUCCGUCUUUCGCCUUGUUGCCUGGUUGCCCAGCUUCAACACCUCCAUCGGCUAGCGCGGGGUCGUGAGGGUAUCUUAAGACGUAACCUUAUCAAAAGCUUACAUGGCUCUGGGCGAUCGCUUGUAAGCCAGACGCCCCGUCUUGUGACGGAUGUCUACCAUCAAGGAGUGUAAGUACCUACCAUCUACCCAAGUGGAGGCAAGAUGCGGGAUAUUCCGUUCUGCUUACUUCCUGGGGCGGGGAACAAGACAAGCCUACUGCACCGAAAGGCAGGAAUGCUGCAGCUGCCGGGCGAGCGGAUUCGCUGGCCCGACAGAUAUGGCUAGUAGCAAACCUGCAGUCUGCUGGGCGUUGUCCGGUAUGUGUGCC